ACGACUUCGUCUUCUUCCUUGUCCGUCCAUUGCUACACAUUAGUGCCCUUCGAAGCCGAAGCUAAAUCAGAAUGGCUUCAAAACUGAAAACCUUCACCAAUCUCCAUGGCUACACAAUAACAACCCUACUCCACCAGAGUCGAUCACUAUCUUCAAAUCCCUCUUCACGAAUUCUUACACCUAUCAAUCAAUCGCACUACAGGAAACGAAUUUUACUAGCGACUCUUCUUCAGAGGUAUGGCUUCCCUCCUUCUUCUCUCCAACACUUCCUCUCUAGAAACAAUCACCUAUUGAAUUUGGAUUUAGUAGAAACCGAAACUUCUCUCGGUAUCUUGUUAUCGUUAAAAAUCCCUCAGAAAUCGCUCAUUUCGUUGAUUUGCGAUUGCCCUAAUGUUCUGCGAUCAGAGUUCCUGAGGAAAUGGAGAGUUCCUCUGUUUGAUUGCGGUAAACACGGUGUCUCGUCUUCCGCGAUUAAGAGCGUCCUUGAACAUUCUAGUAGAAUUGGGAUUGGCCCAGAUAAGUUUUAUGAGUGCAUAAGGGUUUUGAAGGGUUUAGGGUUUUGUGAUAGUACUGUGAGUAGGAUUUUAAGUUCAUUCCCAGGUGUUCUCUUAGUGAAUGAGAUUGAAAUUCACAAGAAGAUUGAAUUUUUAGUUGGAAUCGACAUUCCUCGAGAUAACAUUGAGAGGUUCUUUCACGUUUUUCCUGAGGUUCUAGGGAUUGGUACUGAGACCAGACUUAAGCCAUUGCUUGAUGAGUUCAUAAAGAUGGGGUUUAGCAAGGAUGAUAUAAAGAAAGAGAUUGCUAGAGAACCGAGAGUUCUUGGUUUGGAGUUAGGUGAGCUUCCACGGUGUUUGGAGUUGAUCAACACAUUGAAAUGCCGCGAAGUGAUCCGAAUUAGUAUUCUCAGCGAAGGAGCAUUUCGUGCUGGGUUUAAAGUGAAACUCAGAGUUGAUUGUUUAUGCAAAUACGGGUUGAUUCAUAGAGAUGCAUUCAAGGUUGUGUGGAAAGAGCCGAGGGUGAUCUUAUAUGAGAUAGAGGAUAUAGAGAAGAAGAUUGAGUUUUUAACUAACAGAAUGGGAUUUCACAUCAAUUGCUUAGCUGAUGUACCGGAGUAUCUAGGGGUUAACCUCCAGAAGCAGAUCGUUCCACGGUACAAUGUCAUUGAUUACUUGAAACUGAAAGGCGGGCUUGGCUGUGAUAUUGGUUUAAAAGGUUUGAUAAAACCAAGCAUGAAAAGAUUCUAUAAUUUAUACGUGAAGCCAUACCCAGAGUGCGAAAGAAUCUUUGGCAAGAGAAAAGAGAAUGCCCGAGUGAAUAAACGACAUCCCGCUGGGCUUUGGAAGCUUAUGAAGCCGUCCAGCCAUCUAACAACAAAAGAAGAUGUGGUGAACAUGAAGUCUUUUAUAGAGUCACUUGCUUAGAAGAUUUGGAUCUUGCACUGCUUGAAACAAAGAUUGCCUCUUACUAGAUUGUAAGAGAUCGGCCACUCUCUAGAGGAUUCUCGCUUCCUCACUUUGCUACUCUGAACUGAUAUGGGUUAUCAGGAAACUUCCAGAAGCUAUCAAAUCCGAUUUCAAUUAGCUCGAGUUCAUGGCUUGAUUAUUCAAAGGACAAUGCGUACUCUUGAAAAAAAGUACUGAAUAAUCAUAUGCUCACUUC